CAUUCGCGCCUAGACCGCCGGCCGUGAUGGGCGUACCGCGAGUCAGUAGCACCGCGCCUACCGAGCUCGAGCUCGGCCGAGCGAGGCGACCCCACCUGUUGAUCGUUGACGACUCGAGAGAAGCGCGCCUGAACGAAGAAACUUGGAAGCCCGAAGGUCUGGACCCUCCAGCUGGUGUGCUAGGCAGUUCUUUGGAUUACGCGGCUGCGUUGAUGCUGGCAGCCAUGGCGGCGGUGCUGCUUGCUGCUGUAGGCUACCAGUGUGCCGCUACUUGGAGAUGGAUUAUGGGAAGGGCACGCCGUGACUCCGAGGACAGUAAUUGCGACUCACUUUCCCGCCAAGCCGCUAUCAGAAUCAGUCACUCCCUCCCUGACUUACAGACGGAGCCCCUAAAGGAGGAAUAUGUACAGGAACACAAGGAUGCUGCAAAGAAGGUACUGAGACAAACGACGCUUCCAAUCGUACCAGACCGUCAUCAGACCUUCCAAAGGCAACUGUCUCAUCGUUUGGACCUGCCUUCCAUUCAGUUCAGCAUUUGUAGCCUGGAGAGAGCUGAUUCUUCUAUAGGACUUAUAAAGCCGGAGCUCUAUAAAAACGAGUUAGUGCGUCAGUCCUCUACAGACAGUGGAGAUCUAGAAUUCUGCGGCAAACUUCACUUCGCACUCAAGUACGAUCAGGAGGUCGAAGCUUUGGUUGUGAAGAUAUUCGAAGCUCGAGACCUUCCCAUCAAGGAUGUGACUGGCAGCAGCGACCCCUACAUCAAGGUCUUCCUACUUCCCGACCGAAAGAAGAAGUUCCAGACCAAAGUCCAUCGGAAGAACCUCAACCCAGUGUUCAAUGAGACCUUCUUAUUCAGUGUCGGAUACGAGGAGCUCCGGCAGCGCUACCUCCAGUUUUCAGUGUACGAUUUCGACCGGUUCAGUCGACACGACCUCAUUGGCCACGUGGUGCUCAAAGGCCUACUGGAGUCUGCCGACCUUACGCAAGAGAUCGAGUACACUAUGAACAUAUUGGCGCCGCCACAGGAAAAGAAAGAUCUAGGUGAGUUGAUGCUGUCGCUGUGCUAUCUGCCAACCGCAGGCCGCCUCACCGUGACCGUCAUUAAGGGAAGGAACCUUAAGGCCAUGGACAUCAAUGGAUCUUCUGAUCCGUACGUGAAGAUUUGCUUGAUAUGCCAGGGGAAACGCAUCAAGAAAAAGAAAACUACCGUCAAGAAGAACACACUGAAUCCGGUGUACAACGAGGCGCUGGUUUUCGAUCUACCCGCAGAAAAUGUUUAUGACGUCGGGUUACUUGUCAAAGUCAUCGAUUAUGAUUUAAUCGGUCAAAACGAGCUGAUCGGUUGCACCGCGAUCGGCUCCAACAUGAUCGGCAUCGGGCGCGAGCACUGGCUCGAGAUGCUCGACAACGCGCGCAAGCCGGUCGCGCAGUGGUACCCGCUCACCAAGAGCCCGCCCGCGCCCGCGCCCGCCGCGCCGCACGGCCCGCACGGCCCGCACCCGCGCCCCGACGCCACCUUCGCGUGCUUGAGCGGCAGAUGAAGAGAUCAAGAAUGAUUGGGAGAAAUCUGAAAUUUCAAGGAAUUGAGGACAUCAGGUAAUCUCGCGAUGCCAAAGAUUUAUAUGUAGACGAUAGGAACGGUUGUAUGUCCAUUUACUGUAGAGGUACAAUUUAAGAGAUAAUCAGUAGAAAUGUAUAUUUUAGAGCGUUGACGUAGAAAAUGAAUUUAUCCCUUAGAUUUCUUGUUUGUGUGUAAUCCGUAUAUUUUGGUGUAUGUAGCUGUGUUAGGUAAUCAUUGUCAUCGUCAUUUACUAUUCUAUCGUUUUAUACGGAAUAACUCCUUAUUCAAAAUAUUAAUUAAAAUAUAAUCUAUUAUAUACAACUUUUUUCGUGAAACAGUCUAUUUUUAUAUGAAAUCCUUAAUACAUUUGAUAUUGAAGCACAAAUAUAUAUCAAUUUCCGAGUUAUUCCGACUUUUGACGCUCGUUUGACGCGACAUAUCUUUCAUCCUCUCUAUAUCUUUGUAACUCUAUUUACAAAUAACGCACACUUUCAAUUCAAGACUUGUCAUGUACAUAUAUCUUUAACAUAGAUAUAAUAAAAUUGUUGUCUAUUACUUAAUAUAGAUGUAUAGAACAUUAAUACAUAACUGUAAUCAUAUCAAGCGUUUAUUAUAAUAUAAUCUCAUGAUAAUUAUAUUGUGUAGCAAAAAUUAUAUCUUUUCCAUGAUUUCCGCACAAAUUUUGUCUGUUAGAAACCGCCGAUCGGCGACGACCUUCAUUUCUAUAGAUUACGCUGUUAAUGAAUUGGUGAAUGUUUGACAUUCUUUUAACGUCUGACAAUAAGUAGAUGGAUUUUUGCAAAUUAAAUAAAUAAAAAAAAACAAUGUAAUUUUUGUUACGUUAGCUGCGCCGUUGAAAACGACAGUAAAUGCAAAUGAAGCUUUAAUAUAAUAUUAUUGUACUUAUAUAUAUAAACUAUUUACUAUAUGGUAUACUCAAUUGGUAUUGUAAGUUAAUGUGUAAAUGUAUCUAUCUUUACUCUUAUAGCCUUUAUGAGAUUUUCCAAUCAUGAUAACAAUCUAUUCUUAAGUCGUUUCUUGUUCGAUAAGGAAGAAUACGAAAAACUAUAAAUAAAUACAGUUUUAAUAAAAAUAUAUAAUUAAUUUUGUAAUAAAUAUCUCUAUUUUUCAUAUUUCAGCGUAAAUUGUAAAUGCAAACAACCUGAGAAAUGAUACUUAAAAUACUGUAUAUCUUUAUUCAAUUAACAUUAUGUAGUGAUUUUACACAUUCACUAUAACUGUUUGAAUGUUUAUCAGUGAUAAUCUCACAAAGAAGUUUUCAACAAAUAAUGAUUAUAAAUAUUCAAAAUAUUGUCUAUUUCACUUAAAGUGUAUAUAUAUCUAUGAAUAAUUUAUGUAAGAUGUAAUAAAAUAAGUAGCUCUCAUAGUAGUUUUUAUAUAUGAUUACAUUUUAAAACGAUAUUGACAUAUUAAAAUAAAUUACAUAAUUACUUACACUUCGUACAGAGGCGGUCUUGAUAUCAUACGACAAUCUCUACCAGCCAAUCUAUUGCAGAGUUGGUAUGAGUUAAUAAAUAACAUUACUUAUAACAUUUUAUUUCUUCCUCGUAAAAUAAUUGCUAUCUGUAAUGUAUCAUGUAAGAAUCGACAUAUGAAGUUAAAAGUAUACUUAUUUUUCAACUAGCUGUGCCCCGCGGUUUCACUCACGUCGUACAAGAUGUUAUUUUCUUUGAUUUUAUCCUUCCUAAAUAAUAGCGAUGAUUGAACGAACAAACAAACAAACUCUUCAGUUUUAUACUAUUAUUAUUUAGAGUAUACAAACUUUGGCUGUAAUUGAUAAACGAACAAGCAAAAAGUAUAUAUUUAACUAACGAAAGCUUACCGAAUACAAAAAAUUCUACACAAUAUUUUGCUUUAUUUUUUUAUUCAACAUCAACUUGUGACGUUUAUUUCUUGUCAUAAAGAAAACAAACAUUAUAUAACAUAUUUAGAAUAGUUAUCUACGAAACAUAUCGUAAAAAUAUCAUUAGUUUCAACUUUCAGGGUUAUGCAUCACCUGUAUCAAAGUUGAUUAUAAUCUGCCAUAACUCGAUUAAGAUU